UAGGGUUCUCUUUGACUGGAUCUCUCCUAUUGUACAAUCCUAUCGUUCUGUUUAUAUAUAGACUUUGUGGAGAGGCUAGCUAAGACCAUUUGUUUGCACACUUUGGGAAGUUGAAACAAAGCGCUUCAAGUAUCAGGGAAAAUAACUAGAAAAAAGAAAUGGCAUCACCCAGCUACACCAAUUCUCCCUGCGCCGCCUGCAAAUUCCUCCGAAGAAAAUGCAUAUUAGGAUGCAUAUUCGCUCCCUACUUCCCACCCGAGGAGCCACAAAAAUUCGCAUACGUGCACAAGAUAUUCGGGGCAAGCAAUGUGAGCAAACUGCUCCUCGAAAUCCUCCCUCAUCAGAGAGAAGACGCUGUCAAUUCCCUCGCUUACGAAGCCGAUGCUCGGAUCAAAGAUCCGGUGUACGGCUGCGUGGGAGCAAUCUCGGUGCUCCAACAACAGGUUAUUCGCCUCCAGAAAGAAUUGGAUGCAACAAAUGCGAGUCUCUUGCGAUACACGAGCAAUAAUGACAAUAGAAUCACACUGCAUUCUCAUAGUGCAAUAUUGCCUUCGAGACAAGGAACCUUUUGUUUUGGUCACAAUGAUGCAGGGCUUUCUCUUCCGUGCAAUUGUUCAUAUUCUUUGAAUCAAGAUUCGGGAGAUGCCAAUGAGGGUGAGAGAAACACUUGAAAUGGCAGCAACGGAUGAAUAAUAUGUAAAUCAUACAUGUAUAAGCCGUUUAAUAUAAGUAUUUCCGAUAAGUAAAGAGAAAACAUUGGGCGACAAGCAUAUAUGUGCACACAGUCCACAGUCUGUACAACAUUUGUAAUUUUUUACAAAUAUAAUAAAAUAUGUGAAAAAAUUAAUUAA